CGCCCGCCGUCCCCGCCGGCCGCCCCGCCGACGCCGAUGCGGAUGCCGUUGCCCGCCCCGGUCCCGGUCCCGAGCCCGAUCCCGAACCCGCGGUGCCGCUAGCAGCAUGUCUCGGCGCAAGCAGGCCAAGCCCCAGCAUCUCAAGUCGGACGAGGAGCUGCCGCCGCCGCCGCCGCCGCCGCCGCCGCAGGACGGGGCUCCGGAGCACGCUGCCCCUGGAGAGGGUGCCGAUGAGGCGGACAGCGGCACGGACAGCCGCAGCGGCAGUGAGGAGACCAGCGUGUGCGCGCAGUGCUGCGCCGAGUUCUUCAAGUGGGCCGACUUCCUGCAGCACAAGCGCAGCUGCACCAAGAACCCACUGGUACUCAUCGUGCAUGAGGAUGAACCUGCACCACCCACCGAAGACUUUCCAGAACCUUCCCCCGCCAGCUCUCCCAGCGAGCCCGCCGAGAGCGAGGCAGCCGAUGAGCCGGCGCAGGCCGAAGCCAACGAGAGCGCCGAGGCCAGAGGCGCUGGGGGGCCUGACACAGAGCCCAUGGAGGUGGUGCUCCCCGGAGACCCAGGCCCCACAGGCCCUGCGCUACCCUCUUCCGUACCCGCUGUGCCUCCUGAGCCCAGCCCCACUGGCGUCUACCGCCUGCCCAGCACCAACGUCACACUGGAGACGCUGCUGAGUACCAAGGUGGCUGUGGCACAGUUUUCACAGCCAGCACGCGCAGCGGGCACGGGCACUGUAGGCCCAGGGGGCCCCGGGGCACUGCCACUGAUCCUCGAGCAGUUGUUGGCCCUGCAGCAGCAGCAGAUCCACCAGCUGCAGCUCAUCGAGCAGAUCCGCAGUCAGGUGGCGCUUAUGCACCGGCCUGUGACCCGGCCAACUCCUGCCGCCACCCCUGGCCCACUGCAGGGCCUGGCCACAGCACCCUCUGUCCCCCCACGUGCCCCAGGGGCUCCCCCUGGCCCUGCCACAGCCACACCCCCUGCAGCCCCAGCCUUUGAGGGGCCUGUGCCAGGCUCACAGCCCCCUGCAGCUUCCGGAACCAGCACCCAGCAGACCCCGGGUGGGGCCCCCGCUGCCACCCCAACCCCUGAGCCCAGCGUUGCUGCUUCCACUGUGACUGCCUUGGCGGUGCCCCCAGCCCCUGCAGCCCCUGGCCCUGUGCCCCCGCCCGGUGCCCCCACGCCCCCCGCCCUGGGACCCUCGGCCCUGCUACCUCAGACCUCGGCCGGGGCCAGCAGUGUCAUCUUCCCCAACCCGCUAGUGAGCAUCGCGGCCACCGCCAACGCGCUGGACCCACUGGCUGCUCUCAUGAAGCACCGCAAGGGCAAACCGCCCAAUGUGUCAGUGUUCGAGCCCAAGGCGAGUGCCGAGGACCCCUUCUUCAAGCACAAGUGCCGCUUCUGCGCCAAGGUGUUUGGCAGCGACAGUGCCCUGCAGAUCCACCUGCGCUCGCACACAGGUGAGCGGCCCUUCAAGUGUAACAUCUGCGGCAACCGCUUCUCCACCAAGGGAAACCUCAAGGUGCACUUCCAGCGGCACAAGGAGAAGUACCCCCACAUUCAGAUGAACCCCUAUCCAGUCCCUGAGUACCUUGACAACGUGCCCACUUGCUCUGGCAUCCCCUAUGGCAUGUCGCUGCCCCCCGAGAAGCCCGUCACCACCUGGCUGGACAGCAAGCCCACAGUGCCCGCUGUGCCCACGUCGGCAGGGCUGCAGCUGCCACCUGCCAUGCCCGGGGCCAGCAGUUUCACUGACUCCCCCAGCCUCACCCCAGCCAGCCGCUCACCGCAGCGGCCCUCGCCUGCAUCCAGUGAGUGUCCCUCCUUGUCUCCCGGCCUCAACAGCUCUGAGUCGGGUCUGGCUGGCCCCGCCGAGUCCCCACAGCCAGGCCUUCCCCAGCCUGGGCUCAGUGGACCCACCCUGCCCAAGACAGAGCCCCCAGGUCUGGUGGUCAGCUGCUCCCGAGCCAGGGACGUGCCAGCGAGCAGCACCUCUACAGGUCUGUCGGACAGUGGCGUGGCCACGGGUCUCUGCAGCCCAGUCCCACCCACGGGCUCUGAGCCCUUCAAGGCCAAGUUCCCCUUCGGGGGGCUGCUGGACUCCAUGCAGACCUCAGAGACGUCCAAGCUGCAGCAGCUCGUAGAGAACAUCGACAAGAAGAUGACAGACCCGAACCAGUGCGUCAUCUGCCACCGCGUGCUGAGUUGCCAGAGCGCUCUCAAGAUGCACUAUCGCACACACACGGGCGAGCGGCCCUUCAAAUGCAAGAUCUGCGGGCGCGCCUUCACCACCAAGGGCAACCUGAAGACGCACUUCGGUGUGCACCGGGCCAAGCCGCCCCUACGUGUGCAGCACUCGUGCCCCAUCUGCCAGAAGAAGUUCACCAAUGCCGUGGUGCUGCAGCAGCACAUUCGCAUGCACAUGGGCGGCCAGAUCCCCAACACGCCGCUGCCCGAGGGCUUCUCUGAUGCCAUGGACGCCGACCUCACCUUUGAUGAAAAGGCGGCCGAAGGACUGGGCACCUUCGACGAGGACCUGGACGAGAACUCCAUGGAGGAGGAUGCUGAGGUCCGCGAGCCCAGUGCUGACCCCUGCAAGCCACUGCUGGCCUACACUGGCUCCGGCCCACCCUCACCACCAUCUGUCAUCUCCAGCAUUGCUGCCCUGGAGAACCAGAUGAAGAUGAUGGACUCGGCCAUGGACUGCCCGCCUCUGAGCGCUUUGCGGUCAGUGGAGAGCGGCUCGGGCGACAGUGACCGGCUGAGCAAUGGCUCAUCCUCAUCAGCUGUGGGUGACCUGGAGAGUCACAGCGCAGGCAGCCCAGCGCUAUCCGAGGCCUCGUCCUCCACACAGGCCCUGUCCCCCGUGAAUAGCAACGGUGAGAGCUUGUCCUCCAAGUCCCCAGGCCUGGGCCAGGGGGAGCCGCAGGAUCCACCACUCAAGACUGAGAGGCCAGACAGCCCCGCGCCGGGCCCCGAGAACGGUGGUGCGCUGGACCUGACCGCUGUGCACGCCGGCCGGCCGGCCAUCAAGGAGGAGCCCCCAUUCGGCCUGCUGUUCCUGAGCCGGGAGCGCGGUAAGUGUGCGCCCAGCGUGUGCGGGGAGUGUGGCAAGCCCUUCGCGUGCAGGAGCGCCCUGCAGAUUCACGUGCGUAGCCACACCCAGGAGCGGCCGUUCGUCUGCCUGCUGUGCGGGCGCGGCUGCUCCACGCUGGGCAACCUGAAGCAGCACCUGCUUACCCACCGGGGCAAGGCGCUGCCUUCUCAGGCCCUGCACCUCAACUUUGCUCUAGGUCCCAGCCAGAGCGCCCCUAGCCUGCUCGCCGCACCCGCGCCCAUCAAAAUGGAGGUGAACGGGCACAGCAAGGCCCUGGCACUGGGUGAGGGCCCACCGCUGCCUGCCGCGGCACUGCCUGGUGGGCCCCCAGCCGGGAUGAGCCCUGGGCUGGCACCCAUGCUGGCUCCCCCACCCCGCCGCGCACCCAAGCAGCACAACUGCCAGUCGUGUGGGAAGACCUUCUCGUCGGCUAGCGCCCUGCAGAUCCACGAGCGCACCCACACUGGGGAGAAGCCCUUUGGCUGCACCAUCUGCGGCCGGGCCUUUACCACCAAGGGCAACCUCAAGGUGCACAUGGGCACGCACAUGUGGAACAACGCACCUGCCCGCCGUGGUCGCCGCCUGUCCGUGGAGAACCCCAUGGCCCUGUUGGGCGGUGAUGCCCUCAAGUUCUCAGAGCUCCUGCAGAAGGACUUGGCAGCACGCGCCAUGACGGCAGACCCCGGCUUCUGGAACCAGUACGCGGCUGCCAUCACCAACGGCCUGGCCAUGAAGAAUAAUGAAAUCUCCGUCAUCCAGAAUGGGGGCCUCUCCCCACUGCCCGUGAGCCUAGCCAGUGGCUCUCUCCCUGCUCUGGGCUCACUGACUGCUGGCCUAGACAAGGCACGGGCAGGCGGGAGCCCACCUCUUGCCGGCCUGGACAAGGCAGGCUCCGAAACAGGCACCAGCCGCCCCUUUGCCCGUUUCAUUGAGGAUAACAAAGAGAUUGGCAUCAACUAGCCCAGACAACCUUGGGAGCGGGCAGCAUGGCUGGCUGGGGCUGUCUCAGUGCACCCGGCAGAAACAGGCCAACCUGCAUUACCGGGUUAGUCUUUGCACUGUGUCCUGUGUGUCUGUAAGAACUGCGGCUUCCUGGGAUGUCUCAGCCAGCUGCGACGCCCUGAGUGUGUGCAUGUGGGCCCCCAGGAAGAGGCCCAGGACUGCCCCUGGACUUGUGAAGCGAGAAACUGGAACUCUGGCCCAUGCACAGGGGUGGGGAGGGGCGAGUGUUCCUACACUCCCACCCCAUCCAGCCCAGGAACUCUUUGAGCGGAGCAGUCCGCCCGGCUAUGUGAGUUUUUGAAGCAGAGCUGUCUCCUUGGAUAAGUGGGUGAUUUCCACGCAGGCAGCUCUGUUGGGAAGGGAUCGCAUGCUCUCCGUGUGCAAGUACCUGUCAGUGACGAGCCUUCCGCCCCCCUAAUUUAAAUGUCUGUAGCUGCUAUGUGGACUGUGGUGCUAGUGUGGUUUGUAGCCCAACAAUUGGGACCCGUUGCAGAAAACAUGGGGCACGCCCAGCCUCGUCCCAGAGCUGUACAAUAAAAGGUAACGUUUGUACAACGCCA